UAGGCGGGGCUUGCUGGGGGCGGUGGAAGGACGGCGGGUCGCGGAGGGUCGGAGCUGCCGGUGUGCGCUCUCCUGCCCCACCGCCACCGCCGCCUCGCGACCCCGGAGCUCCCCCGAGAUGGCGGCCGCCGUCGCGGGGCUCCGCGCCUCCUACCAUCGCCUGCUCGAUCGCAUCGAGCUCAUGCUGCCGCCGCGGUUCCGGCCCUUUUACAACCACCCGGCAGGUCCCAAAACAGUGUUUUUCUGGGCACCUGUUAUGAAAUGGGGUUUGGUAUGUGCUGGAAUGGCUGAUAUGACCAGGCCAGCAGAAAAGCUCAGCACAGCACAGUCUGCAGUACUAAUGGCCACAGGCCUUAUUUGGUCAAGGUACUCUCUAGUUAUUAUUCCUAAAAACUGGAGCCUGUUUGCUGUGAACUUCUUUGUUGGCUGUGCUGGCGGCUCUCAACUCUUCCGAAUAUGGAGGUACAAUCGGGAGCUAAAAGCAAAACAACAAGAGCAGCUUCAGCAAAGAGAUGCUUAACCCAACAGGUGAAAUCCAACAACGCACAAACCCUUCCCCAUGGGACCUAGCUUCACUAAUUUUAAUGUUUUCCUCAGAAAAUGAAAGAGGAAAUCUAACUAUUUAGAGAGCAAGUGUUUUCUAAGUGCAAAUAACAAGGUAUCUCCAUACACUUAAAUAAAGUGCAACCUUUUAAACUGAAGUAAA